GGAGCGUCUCGACCGCGGGACCGCACAUGUUUACGGGCAGCAUUCCGCCGGUUAAGGCUGGAGCCGAGUCAGGACUGGAGUCAGCCCCAACUGGACGCGGAGCCCACAAAAUCUUGUAUUUUCAACCCAUUUCAUCGCAUACCAAUGUACGACAGCGAAUGGCGUCGAGUGGAAGAGUUUAACGCGACGAUUUGAAGCGAAUUCGUCGACGAGAAGAAGGUUGUUCGACCAGCCAGCCGCCAUUUUGUUCAAUCGUGAACGGGUGACAUGAUGUCGCCGGAAGCUCCGCGUUUUCUCGCCGACCUCUCUCUCAGCUAGCGAGGCAGGCAGCGAAAACAAACAGGUCGAGGGGAGGAAAAAAAACUGGAGGAGGAGGAAGAUUGGCAGCCGGUUUGGGACGCGGAGAUAAUUGUUUGCCUUGCGCCUUCCGUGGAAGUCGACGAAGACGACGGCAUCCGUUCGAGAGUGCAGCCCAUCGAGUAUGUUCCCGCUUCCGGACGUUUUGUCAGGGCUCCCGCUCCUGCCGCUCCUUGACGUUGUUUACCAGCCGAGCCGCUUCAUGCUGUAAAAAAAAUAACAAAAAUUAAAAAAAAAUCCCUCCCCUCGGGUAAAUUCGCUUCGGACACACGCGUAGAAAUGCACACCCGGCGCCUGGUGAAGCGCUCCAUCCUCGGAAGCCGAGUGUACGCGCCGAGCCCGACCGGCGACGGCGCCCCGGUGACCGGGGUGGUCCAGGCCGUCAAGCAGGAGAGCGGCGGCGGGGACGCGGCGGCCGCGGGGGCCCGGCGCGGCGGAGGAAACACCAGCAGCGUCUACACGGUGCUCAUGCCGGACGGCAGCCUGAAGGAGUUCGCCGAGGAGGAGAUAGCCGCCGCCGGCUUGAACCACGCGAAGGGGCCGCUCAAGUCCAGCUUGAAGAGCUCCAUUAACGGCGGCCCAGACGGGCACAAGACGGACGGCACUGAGGCGGCGGCGGCGGAUGGCGACCACCGUGAGACAAACGGCAAACGAGUGGACGCCUGUCGAUCCGUGUCCCUGCUGGAGCAGAAGCGCAAGGUGGUCUCCUCCAGUAUCGACGUCCCCCACGCCAGGCGGUCGGAGGAGGAAGUGGACAUGGACAAGGUUACGGCAGCCAUGGUUCUCACCAGCCUCUCCACCAGCCCGCUGGUCAGGAGUCCGCCCGUCAAAGUCACCGAGGGCCUGAGCAGCUCGUGGAAGGAGAACGGCUCGGCGGGUCCCUUCACUCCGUCCAGCAACAGCUCGUCGGGCGGCUAUUGGAGUUGGUCGGCGCCCAGCGACCAGUCCAACCCGUCCACGCCGUCUCCGCCCCUCUCGGCCGACAGCUUCAAGCCCUUCCGGGUGCCCGGCGGGGUACCCGCUAACGCGGGGCCCGAGGACCCCAGCCUGGAGGAGACGGACGGCAGCAGCCUGCUCUUCGACGAGCCCAUACCGCGCAAGCGCAAGAACUCCAUGAAGGUGAUGUUCAAGUGCCUGUGGAAGAACUGCGGCAAAGUCCUGAGCACCGCCGCCGGUAUCCAGAGGCACAUCCGCACCAUCCACCUGGGCCGGAACUGUGACUCCGACUGUAGCGACGGCGAGGAGGACUUCUACUACACCGAGAUCAAGCUCAACACGGACGCGGCGGCCGAGGGCCUGAGCAGCCAGUCGCCCGUGUCGCCCUCCGUCCUGACCCCGCCUCUGCCUCUGCCGCCGCCCCAGUCUGAUGCCCAGGGGCCACCACCCCUGCCCCCGCCGCCGCCCUGCACCAAGAUGCCUCACUCCGGCAGCGCCACGCCACUCAGCCGCUCUGCACCCAGCGCGCUCUACCUCGUCCACGCCGACCACGCCUACCAGGCCACGGCCCCGGUGUCCAUCCCGUCGAACGGCGCCGCCAACCUGGCGGCCUCGUACAGCUUCACGCCCACCAACGGCUCGGGUUUCAGCAUCUCCUGGCAGUCGCCGCCCAUCACCUUCACCGGAAACACGGUGUCACCCAGCAAGAGUCAGGGCUUCGCCGAGCAGCGUUCCCAAACCAUCGCCGUCCUCUCGUCGCCGCCCAGAGCCACGGCCACCCUCGGUCGUAAAGUGCGCGGCGAAGGCAAGAAGUGCCGCAAAGUGUACGGGAUGGAGAAUCGCGACAUGUGGUGCACCGCCUGCCGCUGGAAGAAGGCCUGCCAGAGAUUCACCGACUAGAUCGACGUCGGGACCCGCCUGCCAAAAUGGGGCGAGGAGCCUCGUUCUGCAUGCGUUCUCUCUUCAGAUCAAAAUCGCAACUGUUCAUCAAGCUCCCGCUCCGCCCCAAAUGCCAACAUCCCUCCGUUCCAGCAGGUGGCGCCAACUGAGGACGUUCCCCGUCAUUCCCUCUUUUCGGGAAAGUGCAGCUAAAAAAACUGUGAAGAAAAAUAGACACAUUUAUGGGAUUCGUUUGUUUCUUUAGUUGUUGUUUUCAACGUUGCUUUUUAUGGUUUUGUAAAGUUUUUAAACAGAACUUCCCAGCGAAGAAAAAAAACGGAACGUGAUCGAAAAGAAGAACAGACGUCUUUGCUAGCAUUUUUGAGCACGGAGGAACAUCAUGAUGUCUUCAUCUGGUUUUAGGUUUUUUUUAAGGAUUUUCCCAAGAAGAUCCAUCGCAGCCUCGUUUGUUUUGUACAAUUACUUUUUUUUUUAAAACAGAACGUCCUAGUGAAGAAAUGUCCCAAAAAUGAUCCAAACAAAACUUAUUUGCUAGAAUUUACAGGAAAAAUUGGGGAGCCACUUGGUCUUCACGUCUUUGUAAAGUUCUAAACUAUUGUUUUGUCCGAAAUGAUCAGAAGUAAAGAACUUUUUUUUCGGGGAAAGUAGGGAACAAAGUAGAGGAACAUUGCGACAUUUUUCUCUUAUUCAUCUCUUGUUUUACAUUUUGAACGUUUUGUAAAGUUCGGCUUUUUUGUUUUUUGGGAAAUUUUCCAGAAGAACAAACAAACUUCUGUGCUAGCAUCUCAAGGAAAAGUCCGGGAACAACGUAAACGUCGUCAUCGUCUGCUUCAUCUUCUUCAUCUUUUACUUUUGGAAUCAUUUGUGAAGUUUGACUUUUGUCAAAAACGGAUCCGGAGCAACGACACAGCUUUGUUUUCUUAUUUCCUUUUUUGACAUUUUAAAUGUUUAUCGCCAGCAUCAUGUCCGCCUUUUUAAACGAAACCAAGAAAAAUCCCAGAAAGACCUUUUGUUUUGUCCAAAACUAUCCAACAGUAAAACAAAUUUUUGCGAGCAUUUUGAAGAAAAAUUGGGGAACAACGUGGAUGAGCAAGGUGACGUCAUCUCCUGUUUUAUGUUUUUAAGAAUUUUUCGAAAACAUACGUUUAUUGCCAGCAUCGCAUCCUUUAUAUGUUCUGUAAAGUUCAACGUUCAAGCAAAGAAACGUCCAAAAAGACCCAAUUUUUGGGGGUUUGGAAAUUAUUCGAAGGAACAAACUUCUCGACUAGCAUUUUAAGAAAAAAGUCAGGAAACACAUGGAGAAGCGUUGCUAUGUUGUCUUCAUCUUUUUUCCCCCUUUUCAACCAUUUUUUGGAGAUUUUUUUAGGGAGGUUCGGCUUUCUAAAACGCAGUGUCGUAGCGAAAAAACAUUUUUUGAACAAACCUCUGUGCUCGAAUUUCUCAGCAAAUGCCGGAGAACAGCGACGAGGAUCAUUUUGAAAGCUUCACUAUCUGCAUCGCUUGUUUUUCAUUUUCUAACAUUUUUCCAAGAAAAUAAGUUUAUCGCCCCGAGGGAACAUUUUGGACAACAAACUUGGACUGAAUGUUUUUUUUUUUUUUUUUGUCCUUUGUUUUAUCAGGUAUUGAAUGAAAAGUAAAAACCAUUCGGUCAUUUUUCGUUCAUCUCGCAUGAAAACUUUGCAACCAAAAACGUUUUGUUUGUUAGCGUUUUGUUACAGUGCCAUGUUUACACUUGUUGAUGUUUCUUCUUCGGUGAAACCAAGACAGACCGCCGAAAAAGUAAAAAAUAACAACUUCCUGUAAAAAGUACCCCAGCCCUCCUCUGAAAAAUCUUUUUUCUUCUUAUUUUUUUUUUACACAUUUGGAUGCGAGCAUGCUAAGCGAAGGAGGAGGGCCUCAAAUCAAAAGCAAGGCACUUGGUAAAUUUUUGUCCGUGCCUAAAUGUCGCUUCCAUUUUAUGACUAUAUGUAGAUGUAACAAACGGGAAGAACUUUGGAAGUUUCCUAGCUAGGUGUAAAAAGCACUUAACUGAUUAGGUCACUGUUUUAGCUUUCUUUAAUCGUUAAAUGUUUAUCAUUAUUUGAAUUACACUGUAUUUUGUUUUCCAUUGUUGCUAGGUGACGGGAAAACAUCGUAAAGCCCCAAAAACUUUCAUAGAUUUCUACUUUUCUUGCGACGUUACUAAUACUGAUAGAUUUUUUUUCCCUCCCCACUUUUUAAUCUUAUUUUCGCUUUUUUUGUUUUGCUUGCCAUGAAAAUGUCGCUAACGUGUGAGUAUUUGUCGUACGGUUUGCUUGUUUACGACCUCCUUAAGCACGACCUGUCCGACGCCAGCCUUUAAAGUCGCUUCCGUUAAAUAAAAAUCGUAAAAAUCGUUAUGCUUCUUCCGUGCAAUUCUGUCAAAAAAAAUAUUAGCUGCAGUAUCGUUUGAGAGACAUCUAUUUAUCCACAAAUGUUGGGAUUUAACAUUUUGUUUUUCGAUUUUGAUGCUUUCCAUAAAAAUAUAUACUGUAUCUUAUUUUAAUAUUUGUUGCUUUUGUUUUCAUGUUCUUGCUAGCUUGAUUGACAGCUUAAAGGUGGCCCCGGUUAAACGUUGGUGGGCUGAAACCGGGCCACGGUGCUAUGUUACCCACUAACCAGCUAGCAGCUCAAAUCCAAUUCACAUACUUGGACUGUAAAAACAACCGUACGCCGUCUUGUUAAGAUGGAGGUGCUAUUCCCGCCAUUCGCUGCCAUCUUGUACGAAUUGUUGUUGCUGUAGAACAUGAAAAUAAAAAACACCUGACUCAAAAUCUAACGAGUGUACCCAGCUUGGCGUUACCUCCGCCAAGUUCGAAAUGUAUCGUUUUGAUUGACUUUUUUUGUUUGUUUGUUUUUGUCGAAGCAGGAGUUUAGAAUUUUCAGAGAGAAGUUUAAAAAAAAAACAAAAAAAAGAAAAACAUUCCCCUUAGUUAAGUUUUACAUUAAAUUGCAGUCAAAUUCCCAAUCGCUAGUUUGCUGGUUGCUAGCUAGCUUACAGGGUUAUGCAAAAACUACCUAACCGAUUUUUACAAAAUUUUACGGUAGGGUGACAUUCUUUUCUAUUGUGAAGCUAUUCAAUUUUGGUGAGCAUUCGAACAAAGAUAAGCACACGAUAAUUUGUUUUAACAUUUUGUUGGUUGAUUUGUGAUUUUGAUCAGACUCAGCGGAAGGGUGAAGCAAAUUUAAUGUAGCUCACGUUAGCUAAACACGCUGGGUUUUCAUAUUCUCCAAAUGAGUGUACAAAAUCUCAAGACUAGCGCGUCAGCAGGCCUUCACUGUCAUGCAAGUUUUAAGAAAAUUAGGGCAUCGAUUAAAACAUUAUCUUCGUCACCAACAAGGUUUCCGAAUUCCCAGCCUAUCUUAUUUGCAGAAAAUAUUUCAGUCAAAUGCCCAAUAGAUUUUGUUGUUGUUGUUGUUGUUCAUUAGUUAGCUUGCAGGACUACACUAAAACUACCUAACUGAUUUUGACCAAAUUUGACAGUAGUUCCUAGCGUGAAGCCGUUCAAUUUUGGUGAGGAUCUGAAGACAAGGUGCGCGCACAAAUAAUUUUUUUCUCUCCCACUUUUUGACGUUUUAUUUAAGAUCUCAGAAAUCCGGUGUGUUGAUUUGGAUCCGUAUUCUAAAUCUUUUUGUAACAAUCUUGAGUCAAAAACAACGAAAUUGAACGUGAAGUGUUAUGACACGAUUAGUCCAACUUUUCAUAUUGCUCUAGAUCCUGAAUGAAAAUUUGUGACAGAUUUUAUUGGGAUUUCAAAUUUCAGAU